ACGCCAUUUCCUUCCAACUCUGAAGAAAAGCAAAAGCCUGUAUAAGAGAGAGAGAGAGAGAAUCAAGAAAGAGGCCCGUUUAUUUCCUCUUUCCCGCUCGCUCCCUAUCGCACAGAAGCUUAUAUUGUAAUAGUAAUACAUAUCUCACUGACAUUAACAUCAGAGACUGGAGCUGGAGAAGAAAAGGAUAAUCUAUGGAGGACGGCGCAGGAAGAGGUUUGGAAUGCCAGAAGAUUAUGGAUAUGAAGGUGAAUAAUGGAAAUGGCUCAAAGAAGGCUAUUCCUUCUUGUUGCUUGAAGGCUAGAGCCUCUGCACCUGAGCUUGAUGCCAAAUGCCAUUCGACAGUUGUUUCUGGGUGGUUCUCAGAAUCUUAUUCCUGCUCUGGUAAAGGUAGCAAAAGGGUUUACUUCAACAACCCGAUGUGGCCUGGAGAAGCACAUUCAUUGGAGGCAAAGAACAUUUUGUACAAGGGAAAGUCAGAAUACCAAGAGAUCUUGGUUUUUGAGUCAUCUACAUAUGGAAAAGUGCUCGUUCUUGAUGGCAUUGUUCAGUUAACUGAGAAAGAUGAGUGUGCCUACCAGGAGAUGAUAGCUCAUCUUCCGCUUUGUUCAAUUCCAUCGCCCAAAUCUGUUCUCGUUGUUGGUGGUGGUGAUGGUGGGGUUCUUAGAGAAAUUUCUCGCCAUAGUUCUGUGGAGCUCAUUGAUAUUUGUGAGAUAGAUAAGAUGGUUAUAGACGUGUGCAAGGAAUAUUUUCCAGAAUUAUCUGUUGGAUUUGAGGACCCUCGUGUCCGACUUCAUGUAGGUGAUGCUGUGGAAUUUCUUCGUCUUGCUCCUGAAGGGAAGUACGAUGCAAUUAUUGUUGAUUCAUCAGACCCUGUAGGUCCAGCUCAAGAGCUUGUGGAGAAGCCCUUUUUUCAGACAAUAGCUAAAGCAUUAAGGCCUGGUGGAGUCCUUUGUAAUAUGGCAGAAAGUAUGUGGCUUCAUACACAUCUUAUUCAGGAUAUGAUCUCUAUUUGCCGCGAAACAUUCAAGGGUUCUGUCCACUAUGCGUGGGCAAGUGUUCCAACAUAUCCAAGUGGUGUGAUUGGAUUUCUCAUAUGCUCAACAGAGGGGCCACCUGUUGAUUUCUUGAAUCCUGUCAAUCCUAUUGAGAAGUUAGAAGGAGCAGUCAAAUAUAAAAGAGAACUUAGGUUCUACAACUCAGAGAUUCACAAAGCUGCUUUUGCAUUGCCAACUUUUUUGAAGAGGGAGGUGAGAUUGCUUCGUGAUUCUCCAAUCCCGACAGGAAGAAUUCACGUUUUGUAGUCUCUGCUUAUAAGAAUUUUAAGAUGAGUGAAACUAUUUGUUAAUGGGAAUUUGAUUCGAGGCGGUGUCACGCAUAUAGUUGCAUGGGUGGGGUCAGUGGCUUUGCCUUGGACAUUUUAUGGAAGAUCUUAUUGAUUGUGAUGUAUUAUGGUUUCUAGGUACAUGUAACUAGCUGAUGAGUUAUUAGGUGAUAGCUACACGGUGUUUUGGCAGAUGAUGGCAGCUACCUCAUCAAGCGGAGUCAUAAAAAUCUGAUGCUUUCAGUUA